UCUUGGUAACCAGAGAGGCUCCAGGCCAAGCCCUGGGGAACCUCUGGCUGCUCUUACCGAAGUACUCCAGCCAGUUCAUCUCGCGCAGCGCCUUCGUUCAGGUCAUCUAUCUCCUUGAGCAUCUUCUCCUUGCUUGUUUCCUGUUUCCACUUGCGAAAGGGCAGAACCGACAGGACACCGGUUACCUGGCAGGCUGACCUACAAGAACUCGCCGGCUUGGGGACCACAGCACCCAAUCACCAGGAAGCCUCCCGGACAGGCCCCCCAGACCACGGGUAGGACUACAACACCCAGGAGGCUUUGCGACCCACGUCAUACUUUCGCGACCCAGUAGCCGUGUAGGGACGUGCGCGGGGAGCUUGCAGGUGUGUUGGUGGCGACCCUGGCGGGUCCCCAAAAGUUGAUUGCCUUAGUUUUAAGUCUACCCGCUGGUUUAGGGAAAGCGACUGGCAGUCCCAAAGGGAGAACACAAGGCUCCGGCAACGGCAGGGGGGGUCAGGUGCGCGGGAGACAGGGCUUGGGUCCUGGGAAUCAGCGGUCUGAAGCCGGAGGCUGCCUUAUCUCCGACGAGCCUUCUCCAAGCCAGGAAACCUUCCCCAAGUGGGAAGCUGGGUCGCUGCCUUCCGAGACCCUCGCUAACGAAGAUGACUCAAGACGGACCGCUGCUUGCAGUGCAGGAGUCCCUGAGGAAGUGCUUUCCCGCGGUGGAGGAGCAGCAGGGCUUGUGGCAGAGCACUCUGAAGGACUGCCCACCGCUCCUCCUCUCCCUCAGCAACCUGGCAGAGCAGCUGCAGGCUGCACAGAACCUGCGAUGUGAGGACGUGCCAGCACUUAGGGACUUCCCAGACUUAAAGGAGCGUCUUACCCGCAAGCAGCUGUCAGCUGGUGAUUCUGUUCUGGACAAAUUAGGGGAGAAGCUAGCUGUUCUCCUCAAGGUACGAGACACGGUCAGCAGCCACGUGGAGCGGGUCCUUCAGGUCUAUCAGCAGCAUGCAGACUCAAUUGACAUUGAUGACAUCCUGAAGGCAUCGUCCACGAGCCCUUCUGUGGCAGACAUGCUGGAAUGGUUGCGAGACAUCGAGAGACAUUAUAGAGAUUCGUACCUGAAGAGGAAGCACCUCCUGUCCUCGAUCCAGUGGGGAGACUUGGCAAACAUUCAAGCUUUGCCCAGAGCCUGGGACCGAAUUUCAGAGGAUGGAAAUGAAGACCUUGUACACGAUAUCCUGUUGAAUGUUACCUUCUUCCUGGAAGAGUAAGGAUGCCGUGUGUUUAUCUGGGGGAUACAGUUGGAGACCUACAUUGCUGCUCUCUGAUAUUUUCAAAGCAAUUUCUAAAGAAAUGCCAAGCUGAAAUAUUUAAAUGGCAAUGUCUACAGGCUAAGGAUUGGCUUUUUGGAAGAUUGGUACUAGAUGUUGGGGUUUCGUGCCAGGUCAUGGCCAAGGGUAUGUGGGCCACUUCUUGUCCUUCCCCGAGAUUCAGGAGUGUUUGAAAACAGAGAAGUCUGGAAAAGUGAUGCUGAAGAAUACCAGAGGCAGAAGCAACAGUCACAGAAGCAGUCGGAAGGAAAGACCAGGUGAGGUGUAGCACCGAGUCUUAUUGAUACCAGGCCCUGGUUUCAUGUAUUUGUGCCAACAUCUAAUUCUUUGACAAAAGAGAAAGUGGCUGGAACCUAUAAAGAAGUAAGGGUGAUGUUGACACAAAAGUGUUUUCCAAUCGCAGUUUCAGUUUCCAGAGCCUACCACCAGGGGGAGGUGGUGCGGCAUGAAUUAUUCUCAGUGCUUUGUCUUGCUGUUGCCCCCCCUAGUUGCUGUUGUCAUUUGAGAGUAAGUAAUUGGAGAUACUGGGGCUCAUAAAAUGACUUGGUUUUUGGGCUGAAGCUGGUAACUGACUUGCCACAUUCCUCUGACACAUUGGGUAGCUGCCCAAUGUGAGAACAUUCAGCCCACUGCCAUCACCUGUGAAAUGGUGCUGCUCCUUUCAGACCCGUCAGCUUCCUUGGCUGUUGUAAAAUUCUGGUUCACUGCAUGGAGAAAGUAUAGAUUUUUUUCAAAAAGAAAAUGACCUUUUUUUCUGGCUGCAAAAGUGAUACUUUUUUUCUUUAAGCAUAGGAAUUGUAGAAAGCAAACUAAAAUGUGGGAAAGUAUAAAACAGACUCCAUUGGAGUCUGGUACAUGUCCUUUCAGUGUCCAGAUGCCCAAGUCUUUGAACAAAGCGAAUAGGGUAAUACUGAUACACACUGUGGCUUAAAUUUUCUUUAAAAUACUUAUGAUAAUAUAGCCAUUUUUCAUUUCUGUAAAUAUAAUCAACACAAUUAUAUGCCACUUAUAUUUAUGUACCAUUUUGUGAAUAUAUUAUGUCUUGCAUUUUCCAUGUAUUUUUCUGAAUCCUCAUGCUUUUCUACCUAUAUAGUACACUCUAAUCAUGAAAAACCCAAGUAUAAUGGAAAGUGAAAAUGCUAUUUUCAGCCUACCAGGUAACUGUUAUUAAUAAUGUAUAUAUUCUUCCAGGAAUUUUGUGUGUGUGUGUGUGCGUGUGUACUUUAUCACAUACAUAGCAAGUAUAAAUAAAAUCUUAAAAGAUAAAUAGUGAAGUGCUUUGGGGCAGAGAUGAAAGAGCACACUAGGAAUGUUUAAGUUCAACCAGGGGCAGAUUUAAAACAGUGUUUUCUCAAGCUUUAAUAUGUAUAUAAGCCACUGGUAUCUUGUUAAAUUUUAGAUUCUGGUUCUGUAGGUCUUGGGUAGGACCGUAGAGUUUGCAUUUCUAAAGAGAUCUUAGGUAAUGUUGACACUGACAGUCUAAGGACUGAGGGAAGAGGUUUAAGUUGUAAUACAAUAAUAAAAGUGUUGUGACUAAGAUAAAAACAGCAUUUUGGGGGAAUAGGGGUGAUAAGCAAACUGCUUGUGAGAAUUCAUCAUAGUGACGUGUGCAUGAUGGCCCUGAAGCUAAUUGUACUUGGACUAGGAGAGUUUCGCAGGACACUCCAUGCACAGAACACACUCUCAGCAAAGUCAUGUUUGAGAAAGAGUAGAAGCAAUAUUCUUGCUGCUUUACCCCCUAGCACUGGCAAAUACUAACAGGGUGACAGGUCACCGGAGUUCAAGGAGGUAUGGAAGAGGGGCAGGAAAUGGGUCUCUGUAAGGAUGGACUGGAGUCAAGUGGUGCUGAGCCCUGAUGUCUCGAGAGUGUGUGUUUUGUUCUGUAAGUGGGAGUUGCUUGUUUGUGUGAGUAAAGAGCUUUAUAAAGUUCCCUCAUUGAAACAAGUGAUCACUGCUAUAGAUUUAAGUGUGUUUAUGGUACUUAGUAAUAACUGUAUUCAGUAUAAUUGUUUAUAUUUUGUUCCUUCUCAGCUUUUCAUUUGCUAUUAAAGUACUAUCCUGUUAAUUGAUUUUAAAUUUAUAGUGCACUUGAUUUACUUUUAAAAUAAAUGCUACAUUCACGUACAAAAUUCAGAGGGUGCAAAAGCACAGACCGUGAAAAGUUCUCCCCCAGGUUUCUCAGUAACUGCCUUCCCUGGAGGCAGCCAGUGUGAAGUGUGGGCUUCUCUCAGUGUAGGAGUGGGUACCCCUAAGAUGGCCCCCAAAGAUGCCUCCCUAGUAUUCACACACAGCGCACCCCUCCCCAUCAGUGUGGUGCAGAAGUGGUGGAUGUCCCUUCUGAAAGUCGGUGAUAAACGAGGCUUGCUGCUUCCAUCUUGAGUGCUGUCUGUC